AUGGCAGCCCUCAACAUUGUUCACGAUCCAGGUGAGUGGAGUCAGUUCACUGAUUCAUCAGAGAAAAAUCUUAAAGCUGUUUUGCUGCAUAAUGGCAAUAUUCUGCCAUCAAUUCCAGUUGGCCAUGCAGUCCUUAUGAAGGAAACAUAUGACAACAUGAAACAAAUUCUGAGAACAUCUGAAAGAGAAGACAGCGAAGCGGGAAGUGACACUGCAACAGAACUGUUCUUGCUGCUUUUCACAUUGGCUGACAUCUCAGAAGUUUCUGCCAUCAUCCAAAGAAGUCCUUCCUUGGUCCAGAUCGCAGUCCCUUCCAAACCCAGCAAGGAUUUGCCUUUCCAAUAUGAUGUUGGAAGAAGAAGCAAUUAUGUGGGCAGUGGCACUGAAAUACAGGUUGAAAACAUCAAAGCAUAUAUUUGCCAACCUGAUUACAAUACGAACAAAGCUGUGAUUCUUGUUCAUGACAUAUAUGGAUGGCAGUUUCCAGAUACCAGAUAUCUUACUGAUAUACUUGCAGCUAACGGAUACAUAACCAUCUGCCCAGACUAUUUUCUGGGAAAAGCGCCUUGGAAAACUACUGACCACUGGCAGGAUUUUGGAGACUGGUUGAAGGACCGAGACCCUAUGAAAGUGGAUAGGACAACUGCUAUAGUUAUGAAGUAUCUAAAGGAGCAGCAACAUGCAGUGAAGAUUGGUAUCGUUGGGUUUUCCUGGGGUGGAAUGGCAGUACAUCAUUUGAUGCUGAAGAAUCCUGAAUUGAAAGUUAGGGUAUCUGCCUACGGAAUAAUCAGGAACUCUGAAGAUAGGUAUGAUUUGCUGAAUCCUACAUUUUUCAUUUUUGGUGGAAAAGACCACACCAUCUCUCUUGAUCAGGUUACUUUACUGGAGCAAAAACUGAAAGAGUACUGUAGAGUGAGCUAUAAAGUUAAAGUCUAUCCCGGACAAGUUCAUGGCUUUGCCCAGUGUAAGCCUGAGGACAUGAAGCCUGAAGAUGUGCCUUACAUGGAGGAAGCAAGAAUGGAUAUAAUUGACUGGAUGAAUAGAUAUGUUAUGGUUUGA